AUGGUGUAUGGAUCGGCAAUAUCAACUCCGCUUUCCGGGCUUGCACUCGUCUUCAAUGUACUUAUUUGGCUUGGGACUAGUCAACUCCGGAGAAGUAAUAGUAUCCCAUUGGAUGAUCCCAGAGAAGAAUUGGUUGACAGGCCAGGACUUGGGCAAAGUAUGGGGAUAACAAAGAUGUUACUGGUUCUUCCGUAUGUGGCAUUCGUGCUGGCUGCAUUAUUCUUCGCGAUUAAAGCAAGCCAAGGUCAGUUGUCCAUAGACAGAUCGCAGGAUGCUCUGUACUGCAGUGUCAAAAACGAACACGGAGUUCCAUACAUAUCAACAGUGAUUAUACUUGCAUGUGUUAUCUUCGAAAUCUUGAUAAUCGUAAGACUGGUCAAACUCCGGAGGAAAUUCAAAGUUUCGAAAGACAAGCUAGGAACUGAUAAAUUCAUUCGGCUCUUCAUCCGUACUAGCGUAUUUACAGUCUGUGCUGGCUUAUCACUGCUCGCUGCAGCUCAGUUUUGGUUUGAACCGAGAUCUGACUUCAUGUAUGCUCACAUUAUCCAAGCAUCUCUACCAUUUGCAGCAUUUCUGAUUUUCGGAACACAGAAGGAUUUACUUACAGUCUGGGGAAUCAUUCCACUCUGGAACGGGCUGUUAGACUUGAGAAAGAAAUCGUCGCCUCCAUGUCUCGACGGAAAUGAAAUUUCUCAGGCACCGGACGACAGCCAAGAUAUCAGAAAGCCUUUGGUGCGCACAGGGGAAUCCCAGACCCAGAAACCGCUGGCUCUCGUAAUCCAGUCUGUACCAUCAGCCACGGGCGUCUCGAACGGUUCCGGUUGCUCUACCAUCAGUAUUUCCGGCCCUCGCAGAUAG